AUGUCGAACCUAUCCCACGCAAAGAUCGUUCCCCGCCCCUCCAAGACCCGUGGCGCAGCCAAUCAUGGCUGGCUCGACACCAAACACACCUUCUCCUUUGCCGGCUGGUAUGACCCCAGAUACACUCAAUUCGGAUCCCUGCGGGUCUUGAACGAAGACCGUGUCAUGCCUGGCGAAGGGUUCCCGACACACUUCCACCAAAACGCCGAAAUCUUCUCCUAUGUGCUGUCAGGCGAGCUGACCCAUCGCGAUUCGAUGCAAAAGAAAGGUGCAGAGUCUCAAGACAAGGACAAAUUCUUCCGCCUCCACCGUGGCGAUGUGCAGUUCACCACGGGCGGCAAGGGCAUCUCUCACAGCGAGUACAAUGAACACAACAAGGACUGGGUGCACUUCCUCCAGAUCUGGGCACUGCCAUGGAAGAGGAAUUUGCCCCCCAUCUAUCACACCAGCACGUUUUCCGAGGAGGACAAACGCAAGAAUUUUGUCACAAUCAUCACUCCAUUGAAGGCGGGUCCCAAUGCGACCCUGGAGGAUGAGAAGGCCGCUAUCCCCGCCAAGGAGGGCACCAUCCCCAUCCACGCCGACCUUGUCUUCAGUGCAGGCAUCAUCCCCACGAACAAUUCAUUCACUUACCAGGUUGGCGGCGGAGAUGUCGUCAGCUCCAAAUCCGACCGAAAAGUGUACAUCCACUUACCUGAAACGAAAGGCGGAAAGGCCAAAAUCCGGCUGGACGGACGAGAGGACGCAAUACUUAAGGAAGGAGAUGGCGCAUACGUGAGUCAUGUCAACGCGGGUGACAUGCUCAAGGUUGAAAGCAUCGGUGACGCAGAGGCCGAGGUGGUAGUCAUCGACUCGGAGUAA